CUCCCUGGCAUCACAUCGAGAACCUGGACCUCUUCUUCUCUCGCGUCUAUAACCUGCAUCAGAAGAACGGCUUUACCUGCAUGCUGAUUGGCGAGAUCUUUGAGCUCAUGCAGUUCAUUUUCGUGGUGGCCUUCACCACCUUCCUCGUCAGCUGCGUCGACUAUGACAUCCUGUUUGCCAACAAGAUGGUGAAUCACAGCCAGCACUCCAGCGAGCUCAUCAAGGUGACACUGCCAGAUGCCUUUCUGCCUCCCAGCGUGUGCAGCGCAAGAAUCCAGCAGAACGGCUUUCUCAUUUGCAUCCUGGUGAUAGCGGGGGUUUUCUGGAUCCACCGACUCAUCAAAUUUAUCUACAACAUCUGCUGCUACUGGGAGAUUCACUCCUUCUACAUCAACGCCCUCAAAAUCCCCAUGUGCAACCUGCCCUAUUACACCUGGCAGGAGGUGCAGGCUCGCAUCGUGCAGAUCCAGAAGGAGCAUCAGAUCUGCAUCCACAAGAAGGAGCUGACGGAGCUGGACAUCUACCACCGCAUCCUGCGCUUCAAGAACUACAUGGUGGCCAUGGUGAACAAGUCGCUGCUGCCCAUCCGCUUCCACCUGCCCGGGCUGGGCGACACCAUCUUCUACACCCGCGGCCUCAAGUACAACUUCGAGCUCAUCUUCUUCUGGGGGCCCGGCUCGCUCUUUGAGAACGAGUGGAGCCUCAAGGCGGAGUACAAGCGGGGCGGCAACCGCCUGGAGCUGGCCGACAAGCUGAGCGCCCGCAUCCUCUGGAUCGGCAUCGCCAACUUCAUCCUCUGCCCCCUCAUCCUCAUCUGGCAGAUCCUCUAUGCCUUCUUCAGCUACACUGAGAUCCUGAAGCGGGAGCCAGGCAGCCUGGGCGCCCGCUGCUGGUCGCUCUACGGCCGCUGCUACUUGCGCCACUUCAACGAGCUGGACCACGAGCUGCACUCACGCCUCAGCAAGGGCUACAAGCCAGCCUCCAAGUACAUGAACUGCUUCAUCUCCCCCCUGCUCACCAUCGUGGCCAAGAACGUGGCCUUCUUCGCCGGCUCCAUCCUGGCCGUGCUCAUCGCCCUCACCAUCUACGACGAGGACGUGCUGGCCGUGGAGCACGUCCUCACCACCGUCACCCUGCUGGGCGUGGGCGUCACCGUCUGCCGGUCCUUCAUCCCAGACCAGCACCUGGUGUUCUGCCCAGAGCAGCUGCUGCGGGUGAUCCUGGCACACAUCCACUACAUGCCCGACCACUGGCAGGCCAACGCCCACCGCUACGAGACCCGGGACGAGUUUUCUCAGCUCUUCCAGUACAAAGCGGUGUUCAUCCUGGAGGAGCUCCUCAGCCCCAUCGUUACCCCCUUGAUCCUCAUCUUCUGCCUGCGGCCCAAGUCCCUGGAGAUCAUCGACUUCUUCCGGAACUUCACCGUGGAGGUGGUGGGCGUGGGCGACACCUGCUCUUUCGCGCAGAUGGACGUGCGCCAGCACGGGCACCCGGCGUGGAUGUCAGCGGGGAAGACUGAGGCCUCCAUCUACCAGCAGGCCGAGGAUGGCAAGACUGAGCUGUCCCUCAUGCACUUCGCCAUCACCAACCCCAAGUGGCAGCCGCCCCGCGAGAGCACGGCCUUCAUCGGCUUCCUCAAGGAGCGCGUGCUGCGCGACAGCAGCGUGGCGCUGGCCCAGCAGGCCGUGCUGCCUGACAACGCCCUCUUCACCUCCAUCCAGUCCCUGCAGUCGGAGUCCGAGCCUCACAGCCUGAUUGCCAAUGCGAUCGCGGGCUCCUCGGCCCUGGGGUACGCGAGCCAUGAGCUGCAGGCCUCCCGCCAGCUCUCCGAGGUGGCCUCUGCCCUGCGCUCCUUCUCCCCGCUCCAGUCUGCCCAGCAAACUCACAGCGGCUUCCAGACGUCCGGGUCCCACGUGGAGGGGGCACCGCCCCGGGCCCACAGCACCAUGACGGCUUCUGGCACAGAUGCCAGAACAGCAAGCUCCGGGAGCAGCGCCUGGGAGGGCCAGUUACAGAGCCUGAUCCUGUCCGAAUACGCCUCCACCGAGAUGAGCCUGCACGCACUCUACAUGCACGAGUUGCACAAGCAGCACACGCAGACAGAGCCCGAGCGACACGUGUGGCACCGGCGGGAGAGCGACGAGAGCGGGGAGAGUGCCCCAGAGGAGCCGGAUGCUCAGAAGGGCGCCCCCGCCGCCAUCCCCCGCUCUGCCAGCUAUCCCUUCUCCUCGCCACGCCAGGCAGUGGAGGAGUUGGCCACCCUGCAGACGGGCUUCCAGCGCCGAUACGGCGGCAUCACAGAUCCGGGCACAGUGCACAGAGCCCCGUCGCACUUCUCCCGCCUGCCUCUAGGGGGCUGGGCUGAGGAUGGACAGUCGGCCCGACAUCCGGAGCCGGUUCCAGAGGAGAGCUCGGAGGAUGAGCUCCCGCCUCAGAUACACAAGGUGUAGCUCUGGGGGCUGAGGAUCUCGUGGGAUUCUGGACUCUGGACCAGCCUGGGCAGCAGGACCCGGGGUCCCGGCCCCCUCCCCUGUCCCGCAGAGGUGGGGCGGGCAGAGGUGCCUAGCGCUGGCGUUCAUGCCGAAGGGACAGAACCACCACGUCAGCGUCUUGCAGUGGAAGCUUCUGUACAGACGUGUGUCAAGCCAACAUCACUCUGACUUGUACUCAUGUUGGGUGAAUGCGUGUGUGAGUACAUCCGUGUAUCCGUGUCCGCAUAUGUGUUGUCCGUGUUGGAGGGAAUCGGCCGAGAGCUGCACGGAGCACCGCAGAGCCUGCGCGAGGCCAACGACCCGCGGCUGGCAGGGGAGAGCUCCGCGGGUUCCCGCUGCCUGCGGGAGAAGCUACUGUGGAGUCCCUGAGCAGAGCCAGCGACGCCUCUUCCACAGUCCAAAUAAAGACCCUCCUUCGAGCUGCAGGGCCCGGCCCGGGUUCCCGCGGGGGAGGGACGCAUCAGAAUCUAUUUUUGUAAGAAGGGUGGAGAGUUGGGUUCCCCCGAGGGGGAGCGUGCUGGGCGCCCGCCCACAAAGCCCAUGCGGCUCCGUGUGUCCUGUCCGUGGGGCGGGGGCUCCCACUGCUCCUGGCCCAGUGCUCCCCCCAGGUGAUCCCACACCCCACUUGCUGCUAUUGGCCGUGGGCCCUGGCCCCUCUAGCCUCAGAGCGCAGACAGCCUGGGCAGCAGCAGAGUGAGCCCCCCCGCGCUGCCCCCUCCUGGCGUGCCAAAGCCCUGCUGUCUCGGGGCUAGAGCGGAGCUCCGUCUCCAGGGCCUCUGCUGACCCUGCCGCCCAUCCUGGCCCUGGCCCUCUGGGAGCUCCACCAAGGCCCCCUCCAGCAGCCUCCCCUUGGACGGCAGAGCAGGGGGGACAGGCCCCCAGUCAACACUAACGUAGCAGGUGACUCAAGGAGCUUUGUUCCCCCUUUCCCCCUCCCUGCUGCGCUGGGGAAGUCUGGCCUGGGCCCCUAGCCUGGGACAGGCUGUGCCUCCCUCCUUAUAAAUCAUUAGCGCCUGGAUGGCCAGUCACAGCACGGGGAGUGGGCGGCUUCGGCCAAUCAGAGUACAGCUCUGCUAGGUUAUUGAGUGACAGCGGCAGCUCCCAGAGGCCAGGCUGCCUGCUAACCCCUUCUCCCUGCAUACACAACUGACAAUCGCCCCCCCAGCCCCGCUCCUGUAGGCCUCAGGCCGGGGCCCCUGCUCCCACAGCGCUGAGCACCUCCUAGGAGCCCGACCGCCGCGCUCCUUGCCAGAGCCAGUGCUAGGGGUCGGCCCCAUGGUGCUCUGCACUGUACCCCUGGGGGGCAGGACGCGUGGGUCUCUCCAGCUCUGCCACUGGCUUCCUGUGUGAUGGGGGGCGGAGCUCUUGGCUGACUAAAGCAGGGCUGAGGCGGCUCCCCUGCGGCCUGGGCCGCUCUGGCAUCCUGCCUGUCAGGCAGAGCACUGACUAUUCCGGCCGGGGGGGCUCUGCUGCCUGUUCCUUUAAUGCCCCCGCCCGGUUCUCCUGAAGGGGCUUGGGACCCCCUGCCUCUCCGUGGUGCAAGCCCUGAGCUUUCUAGCCCAGCCUAUUGGUGCUUUACAGGUUUGAUGAGGGACAAAAUGCUUCAGUGGCCUUUGAAACAGGGCAAGUCUCCAGCAAACCAGCGCCAGGCCGGCCCCUCUCUGCCCUGGGGCCUAGAACACACAGACCUCAGGCUCCCUUCGCAGCAGGAACCAGGCAUGGCCGGAGCACUGCCCGCUGGGCUGCUGCCCUCUGCAGAGGUGCAGCCCUGUGAGAUGGCAGAGCCCAGCGGGCAAUUAGUUCUGUCUCAGGCCAGUGUGGCUGGGGCUACAUGCUGGGAAAUGUAGUCUCCAUGGGUCGCACCUCUGCAUUAAGGGCUGGGUGACGGCCCUCGGCUGUGCUCUGUACAAACUGGUGGGCAGAGCUUGUCCCCCUGCCGCCAAGGCUCUCUUGGGGGAUGCACUCAGCCUGGAGCUCCUGUUCUUAUCACAGAGCGUCUCCACGCCUGAGCCACAGCCCCCAGGUGAGAGCUCUGAGCCCCGAGCAACGCUGGGCCUUUCUGAAGGGGGGGCUGGCAGCUGCUCCAGGCUGCAGCUCCUAGAGGUGGGGGCAGGGAGGCGAGGCCUGGAGCAGCCGGAGAACCUUGCCACGUGCUGUGCUUGUGUCUGUCCGUCUCCUGUGUGCCCGUGUGCAUGGCAAGCUGCCCUCCCCCUCCUGUUCCGUGUGUGACACCAGCGAGGGGGGUGCGGGCGCGGAGCUCUUUGGGAAUGUGCUGGCUAGCUGAGCUCGCGCCCCUCGCUAUACAGCUACAGAGCCAUUUAAUAAAGAGGGGGCAUUUCAUUCA